AUGGGGCUCCGGCUCGGCUUCUGGCUGCUGCUGCUGCCUGCCGCCCUGCUGCUGCACGAAGAGCACAGCCGGGCCGCCGCGAAGGGUGACUGCUCUGGCUCCAGCUCCGGUUGUGGAAAGUGUGACUGCCACGGAGUGAAGGGACAAAAGGGGGAAAGAGGCCUCCCAGGGUUACAAGGAGUCAUCGGCUUCCCCGGAAUGCAAGGACCCGAGGGGCCACAGGGACCACCGGGACAGAAGGGUGAUACUGGAGAGCCAGGACUGCCCGGCACGAAGGGGACAAGGGGACCGCCAGGGGCGGCCGGCUACCCCGGGAACCCAGGACUUCCUGGCAUCCCUGGCCAAGAUGGUCCCCCCGGCCCUCCAGGUAUCCCAGGAUGCAACGGUACAAAGGGAGAGAGAGGCCCGCUGGGCCCGCCUGGCUUGCCUGGAUUCAUGGGGAACCCUGGCCCUCCCGGGCUGCCAGGCAUGAAGGGGGAUCCCGGAGAAAUCCUUGGCCACGUGCCUGGGAUGCUGCUUAAAGGCGAAAGAGGGUUUCCUGGAGUCCCGGGGCUGCCGGGCCCGCCAGGAUUGCCUGGGCUGCAAGGACCCGUGGGCCCGCCCGGGUUUACUGGACCCCCCGGUCCCCCAGGCCCUCCUGGCCCUCCAGGUGAAAAGGGGCAAAUGGGCCUAAGUUUCCAAGGACCAAAAGGCGACAAGGGAGAUCAAGGCGUCAGUGGCCCUCCAGGAAUGCCAGGACACGCUCAAGUGCAGGAGAAAGGGGACUUUGCCACCAAGGGAGAAAAGGGUCAGAAAGGCGAACCUGGGUUCCAGGGAAUGCCAGGGAUGGGCGAGAAAGGUGAACCUGGCAAGCCAGGGCCUCGGGGGAAGCCUGGCAAAGAUGGCGAGAAAGGUGAAAAGGGGAGUUUGGGCUUCCCUGGAGACUCAGGAUACCCAGGGCUCCCGGGCAGGGUCGGCCCCCAGGGAGACAAGGGAGAAGCCGGACCUCCAGGCCUGCCUGGCAUCGUGAUAGGCACGGGACCUUCAGGAGAGAAAGGAGAGCGAGGCUUCCCAGGAACGCCGGGCCUCAGAGGAGAGCCAGGCCCUAAAGGGUUUCCAGGGAUCCAAGGCCAACCGGGCCCCCCAGGCUUUGCUGUGCCAGGCCAGGCUGGUGCUCCUGGCUUCCCUGGCGAGAGAGGAGAAAAAGGCGACCAAGGCUUUCCUGGCACAUCCCUGCCCGGACCCAGUGGAAGGGAUGGAACCCCGGGUCCCCCCGGGCCCCCAGGACCUCCGGGACAACCCGGCCACACCAAUGGCAUCGUGGAGUGCCAGCCGGGGCCUCCGGGCGACCAGGGCCCUCCCGGGGUUCCAGGGCAGCCUGGAUUGACUGGCGAAGUUGGAGAGAAAGGUCAGAAGGGGGACAGCUGCCUCGUCUGUGACACGGAAGGGUUGCGUGGCCCCCCAGGGCCACAGGGGCCCCCUGGAGAGAUCGGAUUCCCGGGACAGCCAGGAGCCAAGGGCGACCGUGGAUUCCCCGGCAGGGAUGGCCUUGGAGGACUGCCGGGACCGCAAGGUGCCCCUGGGCUGAUGGGGCAGCCUGGAGCCAAGGGCGAGCCUGGAGAGAUCUACUUUGAUGCGCGACUCAAGGGCGACAAAGGAGACCCCGGCUUCCCAGGACAGCCUGGCAUGCCAGGGAGAGCGGGGUCCCCUGGGAGAGAUGGCCUCCCCGGCCUGCCCGGUCCCAAAGGCUCCCCGGGCUCAGUAGGAUUGAAAGGAGAGCGUGGCCCCCCUGGGGGUGUUGGAUUCCCUGGAAGUCGCGGUGACAUUGGCCCCCCUGGGCCUCCGGGAUUUGGUCCGAUCGGCCCCAUCGGUGACAAAGGACAAGCAGGCUUUCCUGGGAGCCCUGGGUCCCCCGGCCUGCCAGGUCCGAAGGGUGAAGCAGGACAGGUCGUCCCCCUGCCUGGCCCUCCGGGAACAGAAGGCCUGCCAGGCUCCCCUGGCUUCCAAGGCCCCCAAGGUGACAGGGGCUUCCCUGGAGCCCCAGGACGGCCAGGACUUCCGGGAGAAAAGGGUGCCAUGGGCCAGCCUGGGAUCGGAUUUCCAGGGCCUCCCGGCCCCAAGGGUGUGGACGGCCAGCCUGGAGACAGGGGACUUCCUGGGAGCCCAGGCCGCCCAGGGUUCAAUGGCCUACCUGGCAGCCCCGGUUUGCCAGGACAAAAGGGGGAGCCUGGAGUCGGCCUGCCAGGACUCAAGGGGCUUCCUGGGAUUCCUGGCAUUCCUGGCACACCUGGGGAGAAGGGGAGCAUUGGAAGUCCUGGCGUCCCUGGAGAGCACGGAGCCAUCGGGCCCCCUGGGCUUCAGGGCAUCCGAGGUGACCCAGGACCUCCGGGCGUGCAAGGCCCCGUGGGCCCUCCGGGAGCUCCAGGAGUAGGCCCCCCCGGAGCGAUGGGCCCCCCUGGAGGGCAGGGACCGCCGGGGUCAGCAGGUCCCCCUGGCGUGAAAGGAGAGAAGGGUUUCCCCGGCUUCCCUGGACUGGACAUGCCCGGCCCGAAAGGAGACAAAGGAGCCCAAGGACUCCCCGGCCUAACCGGACAGUCAGGGAUGCCUGGCCUUCCGGGCCAGCAGGGGACACCUGGGAUCCCCGGCUUCCCAGGUCCUAAGGGAGAAAUGGGCGUCAUGGGAACGCCUGGGCAGCCAGGCUCGCCAGGACCAGUGGGUACUCCAGGGUUGCCAGGUGAAAAAGGGGACCAAGGCUUCCCAGGAUCCUCGGGACCCAGAGGAGACCCCGGCUUCAAGGGUGACAAAGGAGAUGUCGGGCUCCCAGGCAAACCUGGCUCCAUGGACAAAGUGGACAUGGGCAGCAUGAAAGGACAGAAGGGAGACCAGGGAGAGAAAGGACAAACUGGACCGACUGGUGACAAGGGAUCCCGAGGAGACCCUGGAACUCCAGGAAUGCCUGGGAAGGAUGGCCAGGUGGGACAGCCAGGACAGCCAGGCCCAAAAGGGGAUCCAGGCAUCAGUGGGACCCCAGGUGCUCCUGGACUCCCUGGACCUAAAGGCUCCGUCGGUGGCAUGGGCUUGCCAGGAACCCCUGGAGAAAAAGGUGUGCCUGGCAUCCCUGGCCCUCAGGGCAUGCCUGGCUUACCUGGAGAAAAGGGAGCCAAAGGAGAGAAGGGCCAGGCGGGUCUGCCUGGCAUCGGGAUCCCCGGAAGGCCUGGCGACAAGGGAGACCCAGGCGUGGCUGGAUUCCCAGGAAGCCCUGGAGAGAAGGGGGAGAAAGGCACCCCCGGGAUUCCAGGAAUGCCAGGGUCUCCGGGCCCUAAGGGGUCUCCAGGGAGCGUCGGCUAUCCGGGAAGCCCAGGCUUGCCUGGUGAGAAAGGUGACAAAGGUCUUCCAGGAUUGGCUGGUUUCCCCGGCAUCAAAGGAGAAGCAGGAGUUCCCGGGCAGCCUGGUCCUGUGGGUCCAGCUGGCCAGAAGGGCGAGCCAGGCAGUGAUGGAAUCCCAGGGUCUGCGGGGGAGAAGGGCGAGCCAGGCCUGCCAGGAAGAGGAGUCCCAGGGUUACCAGGAAGCAAAGGAGACAAAGGUUCCAAAGGCGACGUGGGUUUCCCAGGACUAGCCGGCAGCCCCGGGAUCCCUGGACCCAAGGGCGAGCCAGGAUUCAUGGGUCCUCCCGGGCCCCAAGGACAGCCAGGGUUGCCCGGAGCUCCCGGCCGCCCUGUGGAGGGGCCCAAAGGGGACCGAGGCCCCCAAGGACAGCCAGGCCUGCCAGGGCUUCCGGGACCCAUGGGGCCACCAGGGCUCCCUGGACUUGAUGGACUCAAGGGAGACAAGGGCAGUCCAGGGUGGCCAGGCGUGCCUGGGCUGCCAGGGCCCAAGGGAGACCAGGGCUUCCAGGGCAUGCCGGGCAUUGGCGGCUCCCCAGGAAUCACGGGCUCCAAGGGCGAUAUGGGGCCCCCCGGCGUUCCAGGAUUUCAAGGUCAGAAAGGUGUUCCCGGCCUGCAGGGAAUCAAAGGCGACCAGGGAGAUCAAGGCAUCCCUGGACCUAAAGGUCUUCCUGGACCCCCUGGACCCCCUGGACCGUAUGACAUCAUCAAAGGUGAACCGGGGCUCCCUGGCCCUGAAGGUCCCCCUGGGCUGAAAGGGCUUCAGGGACCUCCAGGCCCUAAAGGACAGCAAGGUGUGACAGGCUCAGUGGGCACACCUGGCCCCCCAGGCGUUCCUGGCUUUGACGGUGCACCUGGCCAGAAAGGGGAGCAAGGGCCGUUUGGGCCUCCAGGUCCUAGAGGGUUUCCUGGCCCCCCAGGCCCUGAUGGGCUGCCAGGCUCCAUGGGGCCUCCGGGUACCCCCUCCGUUGACCACGGCUUCCUAGUGACCAGGCACAGUCAAACCAUCGAUGACCCUCAGUGUCCUCCUGGGACCAAAAUUCUCUACCACGGGUACUCCCUGCUGUACGUGCAAGGCAACGAGCGGGCUCACGGCCAGGACCUGGGCACGGCCGGGAGCUGCCUGCGGAAGUUCAGCACCAUGCCCUUCCUAUUCUGCAACAUCAACAACGUGUGUAACUUCGCCUCCCGCAACGACUACUCCUACUGGCUCUCCACCCCCGAGCCCAUGCCCAUGUCCAUGGCGCCCGUCACCGGGGACAACAUCAGGCCCUUCAUCAGCAGGUGCGCUGUGUGUGAGGCACCGGCCAUGGUGAUGGCAGUGCACAGCCAGACCAUCCAGAUCCCACCGUGCCCCAACGGCUGGUCCUCGCUGUGGAUCGGCUACUCCUUCGUGAUGCACACCAGUGCCGGUGCUGAAGGUUCCGGCCAAGCCCUUGCUUCCCCCGGCUCCUGUCUGGAAGAGUUUAGAAGUGCACCGUUCAUCGAGUGCCAUGGCCGUGGGACCUGCAACUACUACGCCAACGCAUACAGCUUCUGGCUCGCCACCAUCGAGAGAAGCGAGAUGUUCAAGAAGCCCACGCCGUCCACCUUGAAGGCAGGGGAGCUGCGCACACAUGUCAGUCGGUGCCAAGUGUGCAUGAGAAGAACAUGAGAGAGCCACGCUCUCAGCUGACGUCACAUCAUGGUGCUACUCCUCCUCCUCCUCUUUUUUUGUUUUUUUUUGUUUUUUAACAACCAUGAACCCUAGAAAUAUAUCCUGUGUACCUCACUGUCCAGUAUGAAAACUAUAAAGUGCCUUUUAGGGAUCUGCGUAACUAACACACCCGCUUCGUUGGCCUCUUCCCGCUGAAGGAGAAAACAGCGAUAAGCUUUCCACAGUGGCACUUUGGAUGCAAUAAAAUGGCAAUAUCUCCCACAGUCCGGUGCGCUGAUGUGUGAAGUGACAGCUCCAUCAGCAAACACAAGGUGCUAGGAGGUGCCUGGCCUUCCGUGUGUCUCACUGCCCGUCUCCAGCCUGCGCC